UCGUCUGCCCGACUCAGCCCAGUCGUCGUCUGCUAGAGCUAGUUGUGGCUGUCCAGUGUUUGUGAGCCAGUUUGUUCGUGGACAGUAAAAAUUUGGUAGGAAGUAUUCGAAAAAAAAUAUUUCUGUUUAUUGAUUAGACAGAAAAGGCAUAACACAUUAAAAUAAAAUAACAUUAAUAAGUACAAGAGUUACGGAAGUGGGACAUUUUGGACAAAUAACAUUUGAGUACAUUACGUAGUUAGUAUAGUCAGCCUGUUCUUAAAUUGAUUUUUAUUCAGUCCAUAUUGAAGCACAUUAAAUUUGCAAUUAAUAUUAAAAUAAAUUGUCCAUAGUAAUUUAAAAACAAAAUGAUGAGUAAUUCUCAAACUCCGUGUGUCUUCUGUGACAUAAUACAGACCAAUGACAGCUCAAAAAUAAUAUAUGCAGAUGAUGAGCUGGUGGUGUUCCCUGAUAUAAAACCUGCAGCUCCUCAUCACUACUUGGUUGUGCCUAAGAGCCAUUUGUUGAAUGCCAAACAGCUCGGUCCUGAACAUAAGCCGUUGGUGGAGAAUAUGAUAGAAACAGCAAAACGGAUUCUUGAAGAAAAAGGAUGUGAUCUGGCCAAUGCAAGUCUAGGAUUUCAUUGGCCACCCUUCAAUAUGAUAUCCCACCUCCACCUCCACGCUAUAGCCCCUCAGUCGGAGAUGGGGUUUGCAGCCAAACUCAUGUUCCGACCUGAUUCUUGGUGGUUUGUCACUCCUCAGUACGUGCUGUCUCGGCUGUGAUUCUACUCUCUCUGAUCUGGUCUUAAGUAGCUGGGAAUUAUUAAUAUAGCCUAGACUGUAGACAUUAGAGAAUAGGGUUUCUUGUAGAUGCCCUCCUUGAAUAGCUCCUGCCACCUGGCUCCGUACGGGUACUCGAACUCUUCGGUGGCCGAGUACUUCAGGUGCGUGCUGAACCCGAUAGUCUACAACAGAGUUUUAUAUUUUGUUAUUCUCAAAUAUAUUGUUUAUAUUUUGUUACCAUUGUUUUUGCUUACUAUUCAUUAAAUAUAUGUGAUAUCUCUAA